AUGGGCAAACGCGGGCGGCCGCGCAAGGAGGCGCGCGGCGAGGGCGCGGGGCUGGCCCCCGCCGCGCCCCCGGCCAUGCCCCCGGCCGCGGCCGCGCCCCAGCCCCCGGCCCAGCCCGAGGAGCCCGCGGGGGCCAAGCCCAGGUGCCCCUUCUCGGACAUUUUCAACACCAGCGAGAACUCGAUGGAAAAGCACAUCAACACUUUUCUGCAGAACGUGCAGAUCCUGCUCGAGGCCGCCAGCUACCUGGAGCAGAUCGAGAAAGAAAACAAAAAGUGUGAACAUGGCUACGCCUCGUCGUUCCCCUCCAUGCCGAGCCCCCGGCUGCAGCACUCCAAGCCCCCACGGAGGUUGAGCCGGGCACAGAAACACAGCAGUGGGAGCAGCAACACCAGCACUGCCAACAGAUCUACACACAAUGAGCUGGAAAAGAAUCGACGAGCUCAUCUGCGCCUAUGUUUAGAACGCUUAAAAGUUCUGAUUCCUCUAGGACCAGACUGCACCAGGCAUACAACACUUGGUUUGCUCAACAAAGCCAAAGCACACAUCAAGAAACUUGAAGAAGCUGAAAGGAAGAGCCAGCACCAGCUCGAGAACUUGGAGCGAGAACAGAGAUUUCUGAAGCGGAGACUGGAACAGCUGCAGGGCCCUCAGGAGACGGAACGGAUACGAAUGGACAGCAUUGGGUCAACUAUUUCUUCAGAUCGUUCUGACUCAGAGCGAGAGGAGAUUGAAGUGGAUGUUGAAAGCACAGAGUUCUCCCAUGGAGAAGUGGACAAUAUAAGCACCACCAGCAUCAGUGACAUUGACGACCACAGCAGCCUGCAGAGUAUUGGGAGCGACGAGGGUUACUCCAGUGCCAGUGUCAAACUUUCGUUCACUUCCUAGAACCCAGCAUGAAAAACAAGUGCAGGGCAAAAUAAUCACUGGGCCAACUCCGUACAAUCUCUUUAAAUUGGGUUCAUGAUGCAGUCUCCUCUUUAAAACUAAAUGAAAGAAUACUAUACUUGAACAAAGGGUCAGAAGACCUGUAUUUAAGCAAAUACUCAGCAAAAAGUGGGGCACGGCCUCUCCAGCAGAACAAAUAUUCCUAAUAUGCAUAUUGGAAAAAUCACAAUUUCUAACAGCAGCAGAAAAACCUGUCUGAUAUUUUCUUGAUUUAGUGUUAAGACAAAGAGGACAUUAGAGAUUCUGUCCUCUUUUUCUGAGUUUGCUCAUACCAUGUUGAGUAAACACACUGAAGAAUGGGAUUAUGUUCCCAUCCUGAGCUUUAUGGCCCUAAAAACAAAAUCAAACCUACAGUAAUGAAAAGACAAGAUAAUCAGGCAUUAUUCUUGGAUAGCUAGAGCUAUGACAACUUAGCCUGGGACAAUUUAUCAUGAAGCCUGUGGAUGAUGAGUUCUUUAAAAAAAAUUAAAAAGCUCAUUUCAUGCUCUACAAAAGGAGAGACUCCCAUGAAGCCUUUUGAAAGGGAUCAUCAUGCAGCUCAGCUUUCUGUUGGAUUCCAUGCUAAGCAAGCUAACCUUUUCCCGCAUCGUUAGCACUAGGGCACCCAAAUGCCCGCUAGCCAGCCCACCGCCCCUAGGCCGCAUGGGGGGCAGUCCAUGCAUGACAGCCUCUGUCACACAGGCCUAUGAGUGUGGACUGGGGAGCCAGAAGGGAAAAUCGUUCCACGUGCUUCUGUGUCCACAUGGGUCAGAAGAGUUGUGCACACAGGUUAGCAGGCCAAGGUCUGAGCCACGGCAGCAUUUUUAUUUCAGAUUUUGAUAACUGUUUAUAUGUGUUGAAAACCAAAAUGACAUCUUUUUAAAGCUUGUCCAUAAAAAAAAAAAAAAAAAGAUGUCUUUUAUAGUGGAAAAACACAUGGGAAAAGAAAUCAUCUAUUUUGAUGCAGCAUUUGAUAACUAAAACACCUCACACCUCACUCUUUAUAGUGCACAAAAUGAAUGAGGUCUGGGUUAGGUUAAAAAAAAAAAAAGUCAAUGCUGUUUUUGUUUUCUUUCGAAUCAUUACCUUUUACCAGCUUUUAACCAUCUGGUAUCUACAGUAGACACACUAUCAUAGUUAACAUAGUUAAGUUCAGCACUUGUCUCAUUUUCAUGUUAAAAUCUGCUUCCAUUUCCCUACAGGCAGUCUCUCUCCUUCCUCACAAUCCUAUUGUGCAGGUGCUAUUGUUGCUCUUAUGAAUAUUUUCAGAAAUGUUAUUUUCUUCUAAGUGAAAUUUCUAGCCUGCACUUUGAUGUCAUGUGUUCCCCUUGUCUUUCAAACUCCAAGGUUCGCUUCUGGCCCUUUCCCUUACCCUGGGAAGCCUUCUUGGAGACUUUACCCCUGGCUGUUUGGACUUUGUAUACUUUAAAUAAUUUAACUGCCCUUAAUACUUAAAAAAAAAAAAAAGCUUUAUGAUUUUCAUAACUUAUUGCUGAUUUUAAUGGGUUGUUAAUUUCAGUCCUAUAGUUUUAUUUUAUGUUUAGAUAGGGCUGGGCCAGGAAAAACAAAAUAAAGACAACCAUAUUUAGCAGCGCAGUUGUGUGUUAAUGUUAGACUAUCCUUUUUUGAGUAGCACUUUUAACAGCAUUCACUGCUUCUAUACACAAACUAUACAUGAAAUGUAUCAUCUUGGACAUACAUAAGGCCUCAGCGUAUACUCACUUGUUCUUGUGCUCUUCUGUGCCUCCAAAGUUUUAUCUUUUCCUUGAUUAUAUGUUUGAGUGGAGGAAAUUCUCUGAAGUAGAUAUGUGUGAAAAACUGCAUGCCUUUAGAAGCCCAGUAUUAGAACGUGCUACACUCCAGGUGCUGGGGACUUAAAUGAAAAACAUGACACAAAUUCAUUUGUAUGGUCCAGGUAAAUUAUCUUUGAUUUCAUUCAUAAGUACUCCUGGCCAGGUCAAGCUGUUGCUCUAUAUAUUUGCUUACUUUUGACUUUCCCAAGUGAGACAGUUUAAAGACUGCUAAUGACCAUGGAAAGUAAAUGAAAGCCAAUGACUAAGGUCUCAUUCUGUUACUGCCAUGGCAUUCAGUGGCAUCAUUUAGGGCUGCGGUUUGGGACUUCAUUCAGGAAAACCUGAGGUGCUGCCAUUUUGUUGUGUGCUUGUAUGUACAGGAUAAUGGGCUGGGAAGCCUUUGUUACAAACCUAUAGGUACAUUAUCUCAACUGCCCUGAAUUACUUUCCUGAUUUUGUUUUCUGGGGUGAGGGAGGGGAGGGAGGUGGAAGGUAGAUGACACAAUGAGUAUUAAUUUUUUAAAAGACAAAUCGACUCUGAAGACCCAGAAGUUAACUGCAAGAAAUAAAAACUGUGAAUAAAUGAAACCAGAGUUAUUUUUGUACCACUCUUCUCUAUGAAGGCACAAAUAUGGGUGAAUAUGCACACUUCAAGAGGCAACUAAAACACCCGUGUUGAUAUAUUAGUCCAAAAUUAAUGGCCAUCUGAAUUACAGUUGCUACUGUUUUGUAAUUUAGGUAGGUACUCCAUAACUCCACCUAACCUCACUGCACAUAAUAAAAGAUAAUUGAUAGAUAAUUGCUUCAAAGUAGGACACAUCCAUUUUUAAUCUAUUCUCUCACUUUUUAGGGCAUCUCUUUUGGAUACACCUUAUAAACUGCAAAGUCUAGAUUUCCAGUGUAGUCCCCGUUAACUUUAUUUACCUGUUUGUAAAAUGUCUGUGAAUGAUACACUCACAGAUAAAUCCUGUUCCAGUGCGAUGCAUUCUGACUAUAGUUUCUGGAUAUAAUAGGUUUGAGAACUACAGAAAUGCCUUUUGUAGGCCUCAUGACAAUGACUGCUUUUAACAUUAUGAAGGGAUUUUAAAAGACAGGAUU